CUCCCCGUGGCGCACGCCGCGUUCGGGGCCUCGGCCUCCCUGACAGUGGCCUGUUGGCUGUCACGGCGGCCCUCGGUUGGCCCUUUCCUGCUUUAUAGCGUGCAAACCUUGCCGCGUCGGGGCCAAGGGACAAGUUGGAGCUGUUGAUCUGUUGCGCAAUUGUUAUUUUCCCCAGGGCGGCUUUGUCUUUGGAUUUAGCCUCUCAAAUUUGCGAUUCCAAAAUGUAUAAGGCAGAAUAUUCUGUUCUCUGCUGUCAAGGGACAUGGAUUUGAUUGACAUACUAUGGAGGCAAGAUAUAGAUCUUGGUGUAAGUCGAGAAGUAUUUGACUUCACUCAACGACUGCAGCAUGAGCUGGAAAAACAGAAAACACUUGAAAGACAAGAAAGACAAGAACAACUCCAAAAGGAGCAAGAGAAAGCCUUUUUCGCUCAGUUGCAACUAGAUGAAGAGACAGGUGAAUUCCUCCCGAUUCAGCCAGCCCAACACAUCUCAUCAGAAACCAGUGGGUCUGCCAACUUCUCCCAGGUUUCCCACAUUCCCAAACCAGAUGCUCUGAACUUCGAUGACUGCAUGCAGCUUUUGGCAGAGACAUUCCCGUUUGUAGAUGACAAUGAGGUUUCUCCAGCUACGUUUCAAUCACUUGUUCCUGAUAUUCCCAGCAACAUCGAGAGCCCAGACUUCAUUGCUCCUAACCAGGCCCAGUCACCUGAAACUCUUGUCCUUCAGCCAGCCGUUGCUGAUUCAGACAAUAUGCAGCAGGACCUUGAGCAAGUUUGGGAGGAGCUAUUAUCCAUUCCAGAAUUACAGUGUCUUAACAUUCAAAACGACAAGCUGGUUGAGACUAGCACGGUUCCAAGUUCAGAAACCAAAGUGACAGAAAUUGACAACAAUUACCAUUUCUACUCAUCGAUCCCCUCACUGGAAAAAGAAGUAGGUAACUGCAGUCCACAGCUUCUCAAUGCUUUUGACGAUUCCUUCAGCAGCAUCCUCUCCACAGAAGACACCAGCCAGUUGACAAUGAACUCCUUAAACUCAGAGGCCACGAUAAACCCCGAUUUUGGCGAUGGGUUUUAUUCUGCUUUCGUAGAGCCCAGCGUCAGCAGUAGCAUGCCCUCCUCGGCUACUGUAAGCCAGUCACUCUCCGAACUUCUCAACGGGCCCAUUGAUGUUUCUGAUCUAUCACUUUGUAAAGCCUUCAACCAAAAUCACCCUGAAAGCACAUCAGAAUUCAACGAUUCUGACUCUGGCAUUUCACUGCGCACGAGUCCCAGCAUGGCAUCACCAGAACACUCAGUGGAAUCUUCUACCUAUGAAGACACACCACUUGGCUUCAGUGAUUCUGAAAUGGAAGAGACAGAUAGUGCCCCUGGAAGUGUCAAACAGAAUGGUCCUAAAACACAGCCAGUGCAGUCUUCUGGGGAUACAGUCCAACCCAUGUCACCAUCUCAGGGGCACAGUGUUCCAGUGCAUGAUGCCCAGCGUGAAAACACGCCAAAGAAAGAAGUGCCUAUAAGUCCUGGUCAUCGAAAAACCCCAUUCACAAAAGACAAACACUCAAGCCGCUUGGAGGUUCAUCUCACAAGAGAUGAGCUAAGGGCAAAAGCUCUCCACAUCCCAUUCCCUGUCGAAAAGAUCAUUAACCUGCCUGUUGAAGACUUCAAUGAAAUGAUGUCCAAGGAGCAGUUCAACGAGGCUCAACUCGCAUUAAUUCGAGACAUACGCAGGAGGGGUAAGAAUAAAGUGGCUGCUCAGAAUUGCAGAAAAAGAAAACUGGAAAACAUUGUGGAACUGGAGCAAGACUUGGAUCAUUUAAAAGAUGAAAAAGAAAAAUUGCUCAAAGAAAAAGGAGAAAACGACAAAAGCCUCCACCUAUUGAAAAAACAACUCAGCACCUUGUAUCUCGAAGUCUUCAGCAUGCUACGUGACGAAGAUGGAAGACCUUACUCCCCCAGCGAAUACUCCCUGCAGCAGACGAGAGACGGCAGCGUGUUCCUUGUUCCCAAGAGCAGGAAGACAGACGUCAAGAAGUAGACUUGGGAAGAUGACCUUUUGAGCUAGUGUUUUUUUGUACUGUUAUACUAAAAGCUCCUACUGUGAUGUGAAAUGCAGAAAUAUACUUUAUAAGUAAUUCUAUGCAAAUUUAUAGUCCAAACUAGUGUAGAAGAUAUAAAACUUUAAAAAGCAUUAAAUAAAAUAAGUUAUCAGUAUGCUGAAUCAGUAGUUUCACUUUAACUGCAAACUUAAUUUCUUAGAACACCAUUUGGGCUAGUUUCUGUGUAAGUGUAAAUACUACAAAAACUUUAUUUAUACUGUUCUUAUCUCAUUUGUUACGUUCCUAGAUUUAUAUGAUACAUCUGGCUAAAAAGCAAAUUGUUGCAAAACUAACCACUAUGUACUUUUUUAUAAAUACUGUUAUGAACAAAAAAAUGGCAUUUUUUUAUAUUAAAUUGUCUAGCUCUGGCAAAAACAAUUUAGUUGAAAAGCUGGUACUAAUAAAGGAAUAUUAUGACUGUUAAAUUA